AUGCCAUCAUUAAAGCGUUCACAACGCUCACUCUGGGGAACUGUUCUCUCCUUGUUUCAAAGCAACUCGAGAAAGAAACAACGCAGCAGAUGUCGUCGUCCAAGGUAUGGGAGCACGAAUAAGGAAGAGAGAGUAAAGGAGCGAGAGCAAUCACGAGAGAGACAUAAACAGACGGGAAGAAGGCGUGGCAACAGAGGGCGAGGGGAGAGACGGGAUUAUGACGGAGAGGAAGAGACCUGGAAGGAACAACAGCAAGAGGAGAAUACUAAGAUUGAGGAACAAAAGCAAGAAGAGAAUACUAAGACUGAGGAACAAAAUGCGAGGGAACAUAUCCAGAGAAUCCGACAAGACCUUGGCGUAGAUGAGCAACACAAUAAACUGGCCUCCGGUUUGGAAAGAGCCCUGAACGUACUUUCCGAAGAUGUGUACCAAUCGCCGGCUCAUUUCUUUCUUGAACUGAUACAAAACGCAGACGAUAAUGUCUACCAAGCGGAGUCGUCUACGCCAUCAACCUCAGAGCCGAAAGUGAUACCAACUUUGGCAGUGGCGUAUAGAAAUGGACGUCUGCGCACGGAUUGCAACGAGCUCGGUUUCAGCAAGAAAAAUGUCGACGCUAUCUGCAACGCAGGAUUGAGUACAAAGAAGUACGAGUCCAGAUCAACUGGCGAAAAGGGGGUCGGCUUCAAAUCAGUCUUCCUGGUAGCGGACAUAGUCUGGAUUGCGUCGAAAGCAUAUACCUUCAAAUUCGACAGAGGCCAGAGACUUGGUAUGCUGAUCCCUAUAUGGGAAUCGCUGCCACCGCCAGAAGAAAUUCGCCAAGGAUACACGUCAAUGGUGUUCCAGUUGUCAUCGGAUGUUGAUGUGCCCGCCUUGCUACACGGUAUACGUGCAUACGCUUCUAAAGCUCUGAUCUUUCUGAAGCAGUUGCGAUGUAUCAACCUGAAUAUCGAAGACCAAGAUGAAAUCCCAUGUGCAAGCGUCACUAGGAAAGAUGAGAAUCUGGAUAAAAGGGGUGUUUAUAUGACCACACUUACAUAUUCUGACAAUUCGGAGAGGCGGUAUAUUGUCACCGAAUAUAAAAUAGAUCAAAUGCCAAGCGAUAAGAAGCGACCGAACCAGACUGAAUCUGAGAUAAAGUUGGCAUUUCCAAUUGACGCUGAUGGUCAACCGAUAUUACAAGCUCAAGACGUCUAUUCAUUUCUUCCAGUACGCAGCUAUGGAUUUACGGUUUGUGAGCUUAAUCCUCAGCAAAUAAGACUAUGGCUGACGAUCCAGCAGUUCCUUCUUCAAGCUAAUUUCGUAUUACCAACAAGCCGAGAAGAAAUCAGCGACAAAUCUGAUAAGUCUGGCAAACCUGACUGGAAUGGCAAGAUUCGAGUGGAAAUCCCCAACGCAUUUGUGACAGCAAUUGAAUAUCUGAUACAAGGCCGACUCCGCUAUUCGUGGAUCAAGUUUCUCCCUAAUUUGCAGCCACAGAAAGACUUUUUCGAACACGUACGACCGAGGAUUUGGGCCAGUAUAGCCGAGAAACCAUUUCUAGCUUCUGAGAGCGAUCAGCUCACAAAGCCGUCAUCUCUUCGAUACAUCCCUCAUGAGUUUAGGCACUCAGACGAUAUUCCAUUCACACUUGGUAGGAACACCGAGGGGCGGUAUCUUUCACGACGGUAUUCGGAGGACGACUGGUCCAUCUUGAAGGACCUUGGUGUUAGACAAAUAUCUCUGGAAGAGUUUCUGGAGGAUCUGAAACUUCUUAUUGAAUGCGACAAAGGUAUCGAGAAUAAAUCUCUAGAGUGGCAUCUGGGACUUGCUGAAGCCCUAAACGGCCACAAAGACUUGGACAAAAACAUGAAGCUCUUGCAAACUCUUCAAAUCAUUCCUCUAAGAGAAGGAUGGACAUCAGCAGACAAGGGGCUCAUUCUGCUUCCUCCAGAGAAAGAAUCAACUGCCCUACCACCCGGUAUCAAAGUUUUCGAGAUCCACCAGGACAUUCAAGACAAUAAAGAAAACAUAAUCCGCCGAGCCCUCUUCCAACGUGCCGGAGCGAAACCUUACUCCGUGAGCGACAUUCAUGACUCUAUCGUCAGCAAUCAGGUCAACAAGAAGUCAGCUGAGUCUGGUCCUCUGUCGCACUUGAUCGCUCAGCUGGACUUUCUCCACCGAACCGGGUGGUCUAAUCAGGGUAAUACUGACAUAUGGGUCGCUACCACGGACAACAAAUACUGCUUGGCAUCCUCGGUCUAUAUUGACUCGAACUUGGAGGAUUCUGCUGCUGCAAUUUUCGCCAAAGGGGGGCUGACGGUUCCUCUCUUGCAUCGAGAUUAUCUGACCAUCAGCACCGAAAACAAAGAGAGUUGGAUCUUUUUCCUUUUUUGGAACCUGGGAAUAUAUCGGAUUCCAAGGUUGGUCGCUAAUAUAAACAUGUACACACAGGAGCUUUCCCCAGAUUUCGAACGUGUCACUGAAAUAUUACCAUCACCCAGAUGGCUGCAACUGUUGAAAGACCACAGGAAUAUCUAUGAAACAUGGCUUGACAAAGCUCGGUUCUCGCAGACAGCGAAAGUGCGAGAAAAACUAAAAUCCAAGCUUGUAGAAUGCCACGACACUCCGGUGAAAUCAGCGCUUAAAGACACGUUCCUGGUUCCGAAGAGCUUAUUAAUCGAUAAUUCAAUUCCUAUCCCACGCUUGAAGGUAGAAAAUGACCAUGAGCACGGAUGGUCCAUUCUAAGUCACUUAGAGGUCCUGUUGGACACAAACGUCCAAUUUUACAUCCGAUGCUUGCAAAGAUUGCGGGAGUCGGAGAACAUAACUCCAUCCGAAGACCAGAUGUAUGCAAUGUAUCGCGCACUGCAGAACAGAUAUUCCGAGAAUCAAAAGGAUGUUGUUCGACACACCUUCCGAAUUUCCAAGCUUGUCUAUGUUCCAAUUGGAGAGUCUAAACGCAAGUCUGCUUGGCUCAGUGCCGACGAAUGUGUCUGGGAGGGCCCCGACAGUCUCCUACAGACUCCAAGACUCGAGAAGGUGUAUAAAGAUUGCAAACAUCUUUUUCAUGAGGUUUUGGGAGUCCAGGAUGCCGAUCCAGGGCGCAUACUUAAGGAGAUUGAGAUUUGCCGGCCAACUAUCCUGCAGGAUAUACUGGAGCUCUUCCAAGACGCAGACAGACUCUUGAAGAAGAACGGAGAAAAGAAAGUCAAGGGCAUUGGGCUAGGAUCCGAGAUAUUCCCAGUCUAUAACUUUUUGGAUGAGUGGGAGCUUCGAGAGAGCGCUGGUACCCAGGUUGCGUUGCUUGCUUUCGAUUACGUGGAUCUGCUGAGGAUGCCUUCCAUCAUGGACGCAUUUGAACUACAAAGCCGGAUGUUGUCCACUUGGGCCAAAAAGUCUCUUAAACAUGAAGGCCGGCAACAGUUGAGUUUGGAGACUGCACAUUUCCACCAUAGGAUCAGAUUUAUCCGUCGGCUGAUCUCCGACAGAACCCCUAGGUUGGGCAUAAUUUUGCACUGCCUGAAGAACAUUAAGUUAUUUCAAGCAGGCAAGCUGACAUCGGAGUGGACAGUAGUAAGUCCACUGGGCCAGCGAAUAAUCACCAGCAACACCCUGACCAUACAAUCUUUCCUGAAGGAGGAAGACGAUGGCCUCCAUGUUUAUGUGGCAACCAAUACCAUUGCUAAGAAGCGAUUUCCAGUUGAUCUCAGUGAACAGCUCUCGAGGUUUUGUGGUAUUAUAGGUCCACAGGAAAGGAAAUUGGCGUGGAUCAUAAUGAAUGACGCGGACUUACAAUACAUUGAAGAGACGCUUGCGUUCCACAAGUUUCCUCACGAUAAGGAGUGGUCACUACCGGAGCAAUCCCAGCAUAGUAAACCAUAUAUGCCUGCUUCAAGGGGAACAAAGGUCGUGAAGCGGAUAAGUCCAACAUCAGGCCAGGAGGGCGAUCAAGUCUUUGACCAAAAUACUGACCAGGCAAGUAUACAAGGGAUCAGACAAAAGGCGGAAAGCACAUCGUCAUCUUCAGAUAGCGAGCAGACGGAACAUCAUGUCUCUUCCGCACAAGAGAAAAAUACAAAGCCGGAAUCGACAGGGGAACAGCCAGCAGAGACUACAGCUUCUAUCAACGAUACUACCGUAGAAAAAGAUUCGUCACAGCCACCGAACGAUAGGAGGAGCAGUAGCAACUGUUCAGUGCAGAGAGAGCCACUGAUUUCCGAAAGAAGAAGAUCUGCCAGUUCUUCGUCUUGGACAGUGGAGGGAACCGACGAGUCAGAGUCCGCCAACGGCCAUAGUCUGAAAUCAGGUCUACGAGCUGAAUCUCCUAUAUCCGAGCCUUCAGACCCACCUCCUAAUAGCCUUCCGUCAAGGCUCCUGAGAUUCGUGCGGUCGGGCUCCACAAAGGAAAAGACAACUUAUCAAGGCGGGCUCGCUGAGGGCACCAUUCUUUCUUUAUAUCGUCAAGUUGUUGACGUCAAGAAAGAGAGCCACGAACCAAUCCUCGUUGGGGGUCCUGAGCGGGAACAGCACUAUAAAUCUCAGUCUCAAUCUCAAUCUCAAUCUCGAUCUCGAUCCCCUCAAUCCGCACCGUACAUAGUGGACCCUGGACUUCCGGAUCGUUCUCUGCGCGACUUCACAAGGAGCCUUGUCAAACGCACAACUCGAAAGGAAUUAGCCCAAGUUGUCUACCUGGAUGGGGUUGUUGACGAAAUCAGUCUCGAUAAGAACAUUAUCACACAUACUGGCCGUGUACAUGUUGAUAAUACCACCAAAGUUACAACUGUCUUCGUUACUUUGCCAGACCCGGUCCAAGCGGAGGAAGCAUUCUCAGGCGAGAUAUUUGUUGCAAAGUUUCUCUCGAGAGAGUUUCCUGAUUAUUACAAACCGGAUGUGCAUUGGACCAGUCCCUCGAGAUCGCCUGUGGGUUACAACAGAGACGACACAAAAGCCACAUUCACACUGCCUGAUGCGGCCAAGUUUACAGAGUUCCUUGUGCAAUAUGGGUACGAGCAAGCCAAAGACUGGAAUAACAGACCUGUCACAUACCAGUUAGACCGUUUUGACAUGGCUCGGAAAAUCUCAAUGAAAACAACGAAGAACGAAGUUUUCGUGCUCAUACGAGUAUACAAUAUCUAUGAUCAGCCGGAUAUGGCCUUUUACGUCAAUCCAUGGAAUCUGUACGCCGCAGGGAAAUUGGAUCUUACUGCACAAGGUGAUCAUUACCUUGCAGCACUAAUGGACGCUUCCUCAGACACCUCCUCUUUUAACAUCACGGACUACGAAUGGAGAGACGGCUAUAAGUACCAACCUUUGGAACCUAGCAAAGGCAUCCGUUUGUUGAAGCUGUUCCCAGGCAAAAAGGAAAGUCCACUUGAAGGGAUUCUUUUCCCCACAUCCCUGGACGCUGGAGAUGAAUACAUAGCUGUCUCAUAUACCUGGGGGCCAGCACUAAAACCGUAUCGUAUACGGACUGAGGAAGGCGACAUACCUAUUCCCGCGUCCUUGUACUCUGCCUUAAGACAGGUACGAAGGUUGGAUGAGACUGUCCUCGUAUGGGCUGAUGCCAUUUCAAUCCACCAGACGGACAAACCCGAGAAGGUGCAACAGAUUAGCUUACUCCCGGUAAUAUUCCAGCAGGCGGUGCAAGUAUUUGGAUGGGUAGGGGAAAGGGCCGAUCAAAGUGAGCUUGCAAUUAAAUCGCUGCGAACCAUGAAUGACCCGAAGAAAGAGAACGCUAUAUCAGCCUUUGGCCAAGAAAAAUGGACAGCCAUCAGCAAGCUUUUCCAAAGACCCUGGUUCAUGCGAUCCUGGAUAAUUCAGGAGGUGAUCCUAGCGAGAGAUCUCAUUGUACACUGUGGUUCUGAUCACAUCCGGUGGGAGGACCUCUACGAAGCCGUGAAGAACUGUCAGGCACACGCGGAAAAGUCAAUAAAGUCCCUAGACAUUCCCACCAUGCGCGAUAUGAGCACGAUACUCAGCCUUGGUGAAACUCGACACGGAUAUCGACAAUUAGAGAAAACAUACAAUCUUCUCGAUCUCUUUGAAUUAUUUCAUCAUGCAAAAGCGACCUUCAAGCGCGACAGGCUAUUUACGUUGCUGAAUGUUGCGGCAGACGCAGCAGACAGCCCAAAGCUCAAGCCCGACUACAAGUCCUCAUUGGAAGAUAUCGUUUGUCGGUACGCUUCAGAGUUUGUCCAUCGUAAGAAGACUGCUACUCUACUUUAUCGAGGUCGAAUUUCGUCUCAGCCGGAACGUUUUCCAUCGUGGAUUCCAGACUGGACAGCGGAUCCGUAUCCGAAAACGAUCACAUCGUGGCAUCCAGAGCGUGAAUUCUGUGCGGCGGGAAAGAUGGAAGAAAAUGCACAUUUAGCACCAAAAGAUGAUAAAGAUGACAGGAUUCUUCUGAUUGACGGCUGCCUCGUCGAUGAAAUCGAGAAAUUAGGGAAAUGCACGUCCGAGGUCGAUGACGCGCUGGACUACAUCGCAGACAUUUUCGAGUUCAUCGACAAGCACGGAUCCUCGUAUUUGACGAGAGAAUCAAUCGAGGACUUAAAGUGGAAGCUACCGAUUGGUAAUGCAAAGAAAGCACCCUGGGGAGAUUGGCUAGGCCAGGCUUUCCGGGCAUCAUUCCAGGCGUUAGCAGAGUAUAUGGAAUUGAGGAAGGACGACUCCCAAAAACAGUUCACAGAGAAGUAUUCUCGUGCGGAGAUCAUGAAGCAGAGGCUUUCUCAGCUGCAUGAGGAGUUAUGGUUGUUUCUUUUCACGGCCAUUGACUUUUCUGAAAGGUUUCGGCCGUCCGUAGUGUGUCUUACGAAACGAGGUUAUUUUGGACUUGUUCCGGGAACGGCGAGGAAGGGCGACUCUAUUGUCCUUCUGUACGGUGGAGUUGUUCCAUUUUGUCUGAGGAGAAGCGAGCAAAAGAAUAUUUAUCAGCUGGUGGGGGAAGCUUACAUACAUGGUAUUAUGCACGGGGAGGCUUUGGAUUUUGAAGGAGUCCGGGCUCAGACUUUUGACCUGUACUAG